AUGUCUGGCCAAGACAUUUUUCCCGACCUCGAAAAGCACCAAUCAUAUCGCACCAAACGACGUGUCCUAUUCAUUGCCGCUUUAAUCUUGGUCGGCUAUGUAGCAACUACACGCAUCCUGGAGUAUUUAAUCAGAUUACUCAAUGGGUCCACGCCGAUUGCGUGGGAUCAGCAAGUCUCCUCGCUCUCGCGUCCUCCGCCCGCGCAUCUGAUCAAGACUAUCGAGCAACGUCGUUCGAACUAUCAAUCUAGCAGCGCUCUCCUAGGAAUAACAGCAAUCAUAAGCCUCGCAUUGCGAAAAGAGCGGGAGAGUAGGGCAGGCGGUCUGGAACUACUGUUACAGUUUCUGGUCAAAUAUCCCUUUGUCAAAGAAAUUAUCAUUUGGAAUGAUGACGUGACGAGUAGCGGCCUCAAUUUGAAUGGUGAGGAUUUGUUGUCGACGCUCAAGUCUACCGAUGAUGGCGCUCCCUUGCCAAUUCUGCGAGUGAUCAACUCACCAGGGCGUAUGGGCGAAAUGAGCAGGCAUAUGGCUUGCUCCCUAGCCAAAUUCGACACCUGCUACCAUACUGACGAAAACUUGCUGAAUCUCAAUUUGGAUACAUUGUACACCAAAUAUCUGGAAUCAGACGGCGAGUCAGAAGCAACGAUAGUUGAUCAUGCAUCACCGGAAGAAUACGUGGCAGAGUCAGCGUACAAUCUUUGGCAACCUGAUUACUCCCUCAAUGCUGGUAUAGUUAGCCAAUUAUCACGAGGGUCUUUGGCAGCCAAGCGCCUUUCGACUAGGUACUUUCAGCAGUUGACUACUGCGCUUCGAUCUCCUGAAGAAAGUGAUAUCUGGCUCAGCAUCCCGCCCUCAGUCUCAAGUGAUAUCCAAUUCUCAAUCUGGUCGAACCGACGCCCACUGAAACUGAUCACGCCUGUACAAUCCUCGCUCAUUACUGAUUCGCCCCCGACGAAGAUCGCUUAUUUGGAUCCCGAGUUUAUCGAUAAUGCCUAUGGAAGAUUGAAUCAGACUAUUCAAACCUCCGAUCCUUUUCUGGUGCCGAGCAUGUUUCCGCGGGCUUUACCUUCUCAUCAUUUGAAGCCGGAAUCGGAGAUUGGUCUAGCCUCAGCUUAUGAUGAUCGAUCAAUGUUAAUCACCAACCUGAACUUCUCGAGUGAAUGGCCACUGGCCGUUGAUGGCGAGCUCUCUACAUGCUGGAAAGACUUGUCAGGUACAGAGCAUGGGAGUUUUGUUGGGUUGAACUUUGUAAAAAACGUUCAAUUGAAACGAUUGACCUUCUUCGGGAAAGUUGAACCCGAAAACUGGAAACUUGAAUUGUUAUCGGCCAACGACCAAAAAUGGAUUUCCAAAUCAGUGGUUCCUAAAAUAAUUACACAUCAGGAACCACCUCUUACAAAAUUUGUGUAUGACACAACAUCCACACUUGUGAAAAAGGUCCGAUUGAUCAUUCCGCAAGGAAAAUCCAAUCUAAAUGGGAUCACCGUAUGUGGAUGGAUGAUCAAUGAAGACUGGGUUGUAUGA